UGUCUCUAAAAAGAGAUGAGAUAUUUCUUCUGGUUGUUGAGUUUUUUUGGUCGAUUCGAACUAUUUGUUUAUGCUUUUGAAUCGUUAUCUGUUUGAGAAAAUUAUGAUCCACCAUUAGAUACUGUGACGAGGAAUGAAUAAAGAUUACUAUAUCGCAAGUAGUGAUACAGAAUUGCUGCUACAAAUAAAGAAGAAGGAGGGACUUGUCAAAAAAGAUGGGGGGAUGCGUGUCAAGGCCGAAUAGUUGUAAAUUGGGAGGUUCAAAGAAGAAGAAGUUUAGGAGGAGAAGAAGAAAAGCCGGGGUAUCUUCUAAUUUGUAUGAAGGGUCGUCCCUUGGCAAAAUUGAUGAGUCUUUCCCUUUGGAUAACUUCUCCUUCAACAAUCCUACUUUUCAGGGUCCUCUCUCUCGCUCUUUUUCUACUUGUGUACAUGAAUUUGUAGGUUUCACAUUUCAAUAUAGAUAAUGAGAAUGAUUAUUUGUAGUUUGUACUUUUGAUUUUAAAGUCAGUUUAGUUGGGUUGAAUGUUUAAGGUGGAAGAAAAUUGAUGAUGUGGAUGUCGGUUGAUGAGCUGCUGCAUUUGGAUGGAAAUGUUUCAACCUUUCUUUUUUUUUCAUUCUCUUUUCUUCUUCUGGGAUGGAUUUCUAGUUUUAUGCGGAGUAUUGUUCUCCUUCUAUUUUCCUCUAAAUUGAUUUCAUUCUGUUUGGACUUUGGAGUGGCUGGGCAAGUGUUUGAAGUGGAGCCUUGGCGUAACCGGUAAAAUUGCUGCCAUGUGACCACGAGGUCACAGGUUCGAGUCGUGGAAACAGCCUUUUGCAGGAAUGCAGGGUAAGAUUGCAUAUAAUAAACCCUUGUGGUCCGACCCUUCCCCGGACCCCGCGCAUAGCAGGAGCUUAGUGCACCGAGCUUUUAGUGGCUGGACAAGUGUUUGUGCUGAAGGGAAUAUUGGAAAUAUUGACGAGGCAUGGUUUGAUUCUGCUGCAAUAUUUGAAUCUGACUGCAGUGAUGAAGAUUACCAGAGUGUUCCUGACGAUAUGCUUUCUCUCAACAGCUUUGAGGGUGAGCAGACUAGUGUAGCUUCAAUGAAAGAUGCUAACCAUGGUGAUACUAAUAUAAAUGUCCACGUCCAAUUAUCCUCCGAACUGAAGAGGCAGGGGGAAUUAUUAAGCAAUCUUACUAGCAGUUCCGACAGUUGCUCCAGUAAAACUGUAAAGCAACCAAGCAGUUUGGUGCAUCCAAAAGAGGUGGAUUCUCGAACAAACCUUGAUGGACCUAACGGUGAGGUGCGGCCUGUUUCCCUUGAUGAGAUAUCGUCCUCAGAAAAUGAAGGAAGUGAAAGGGGGGAUGGUUUGUUGGAGAACUGUGGAAUUCUUCCAAACAACUUUCUGCCUCGUCUUACCUCUACUGUUGUGCCAGUUGAGAAGAGAUUUUUCAGCUCUAGUCCUCGAAGUUCAAGGAAGAAAGCUGCCUUAAAACUUCCCUUUAAAUGGAAAGAAGGAAAUCCUUAUGCCACUCUACUUGCAUCUAAAUCCCUGCUUCAAAGGCCCAUAGCUAGUAGCCAAGUACCAAUUUGCCCAUUGGAGAAGAAGUUGCCUGAUAGUUGGUCCCGUAUUGAACCAAGUACCUUCAGGGUCCGGGGAGGAAACUAUUUCAGGGACAAAAAGAAAGAGUUUGCUGCAAAUUAUGCAGCAUAUUAUCCUUUUGGUGUUGAUGUAUUUUUAUCUCAAAGAAAAAUUGAUCAUAUUGCUCGACUUGUGGAACUUCCUGUCAUUGAACACUCUGAGACACUUCCAUCCAUUCUUGUUGUGAAUAUUCAGGUACCAUUAUAUCCUGCCGCGUUUUUUCAGAGUGAAAUUGAUGGUGAAGGAAUGAGUUUUGUCUUGUACUUUAAGCUUUCCGAAAGUUAUGCUAAGGAACUUCCUUCUCAUUUUCAAGAUAACAUCAGAAGGGUAAUGGAUGAUGAAGUGGAAAAAGUGAAGGCUUUUCCAACAGAUGGUACUGUUCCCUUUAGGGAACGGUUGAAGAUAUUAGGUCGUGUAGCAAAUGUGGAGGACCUCCGGUUAAGUGCAGCAGAGAGGAAGAUAAUGCAUGCCUACAAUGAAAAACCUGUUCUUUCACGUCCUCAACAUGAAUUCUAUAAGGGAGAAAAUUAUUUUGAGAUUGAUAUAGAUAUGCACAGAUUCAGUUACAUCUCCAGGAAGGGUUUUGAAACAUUCCUAGAUAGGUUAAAGCUCUGUUGCUUGGAUGUAGGCCUCACAAUUCAGGGUAACAAAGCUGAAGAACUGCCAGAACAGAUCCUAUGUUGUGUACGGUUAAAUGAAAUCGACUAUGUGAAUUAUCAGCAACUGGGGUUGUAAAGAGAUCCCCUUGAAUUGGUGCACAAACAGUGUAAUCCACAGGAUAUGGCAAUUAAAUGAAGUUACUGUUAGCUCAUUUGUGUACUUGCUGGUGCCUUCAUAUCUCCCCUUUCUCCCAAUUGACAGAAUUCUCAGCGUCUCCGUAAUGCAUUAUGAGGAUAUACAGGUAGCUGGUUUCAUACAAGAAUGGACCCUGUAAUUUUGUUAAAAAAUUCAUUUAGUAUGUAUAAAUAAUUUAUCCUGAUCCCAGUAAACUGCCUCCUUUGAAAUCCAGAACCCUUAAUAAACUCAAAAUCCUAGCUUCGCCUCUGGUUUCGUAGGAACUCUUUUAAGAUGAUUUCUUGCAUGGGACAAUAUUGUUAUAUGGAUCCAUCUUGGACUUGCCAAUAUAGGGCACCAUCUGCUGCCAACUACAGUUUCACAUGUGUUCUGGAGAAGGAAAUGGCAUAUCGAGCGAGCUAUAGAUAAACGAGCUAUAGCUACUAGGGUGAGUCUUCCUCUUUGCUUCUAUGUUUCAUCAUGCAGUCUGUUUCUGUAGCAUGAACUAUGGGUAAGAUCGACGAAUCACUUCCCAUAAGGGACUUUUCAGUUAAAGAGAUUAUUCGAAAGUCUUAACUCUUUCAGGUUUCUCUACUUAAAACACUGCUCUGGAGUUUCUACUUGUGAAAUGAUUAGAUAUGGAUAUUCAGGAUUUUUGGAAGAUCCAACACUCCUAGGUUUUAAAUGCGGUUUUAAAGCAUUUUAUUCUCA